AUUUUGACAAGACUAGUAAAGCGAAAAAUUCCCACCAUCACCAAUGUUAGCAAGCACAAAUACGCAUUUUGCUUCAAUUUGAAGCCACUAAAAAACCUUAAAUCACUUCACCAUAAAUACAUCAUCAUCAUUACAAUGCUAUGUUAAUUUCCUCAUAAAAAAAAUUAAAUAUACAUACAUAUAUAUCCAAGAAUUAAUUCCCUCCGCCCACACGCGCCGCCAUGAAGUACAGCGAAAUCUCCCACUUCAGCCACGCUCACAACCUAAAGUUCGAGUACGCGGAGGCGCCGUUCAAAUGCGACGGCUGCAAGGAGGCCGGCAUCGGGUCGCGGUACAAGUGCGGCGGCGCGUGCAACUUCGACUUGCACACGCAUUGCGCGGUGCCGUCGCCAUCCAUCAGCCACCCUUUCUACACCAAGUGCGCGUUCCAGUUCAUGAGCCGGCCGCCGGGGGCGGUGGCGCGUUACUGCAACGCGUGCCAGAAGGACGUGGCCGGGUUCGUGUACCACUGCAGGCUGUGCGGCUUCGACCUCCACCCCUGCUGCGCCAAGCUGCCUAUGACCAUCGACGACGGCGAUAUCAAAUUGUACUUGUACAAGAAAGUUAGCGCCGCCUGUCACAGGUGCGGGAGAAAGGGAAGGAGCUGGAGCUACAGAUCAUCGUCUAAAAAGUACAACUUACACGUGGCGUGCGUGAAAGAGAUGCUGGUGGACAGCUGGCACGAGAUCUACUACGGUGCACGGGACACCGGAAGCAGCAUAAAAGUAGAGGGCGGGAUCCCCAGCUUGCGUUCCACGCUGCAGACGCACAAUCACAAGAAGAGCAGCAAAGGGAAAGUGGAGAAAUGCUGCGAGGUGGCUGGUUUGGCGUUGCAGUUCGUGAUCUCUGCCGUUCUAGGGGAUCCCACCACCCUCAUUGUUGCCCUUGUUGGUAACUUGAUGUCCAAAUAGUGUAGUUAAUUAAGGUGUUCAAACAAUAAUUAAUCAACAACAUUAAUGUUAAUUAACUAA